CUUUUAUUUCCAACGCUUUUUCUCUUCGCUUUUCUCCACUUUUUCGAAGCCAUGAUUGUCGUCAAUCGCGUUCCCAAUUGCAACCAAACCAGCGGUCAGUGCGGAAAGGCGGCCAUAAUACGGGGCGAGACGCACAUCGGCCUCCCCGCCAUGUGCUACCAGCGCGUGGACCCGGGCCCCUGUGGCCGCGACCUGAUCCGCGUGUAUUACGACGCGCGCAUCAAUCGCUGCAUACACUUCUCCUUCUCAGGUUGCGGCGGGAACGCCAAUCGGUUCGUCUCGAUCAAGAACUGUUACCACAUCUGCAACCCGGGACUGCGCACGCGCAGAGUGACGGCCGGACCCGUGAUUACGACAACAGAAAAGUGCUUUAUUAAGAAGAAAGUGAAACUAAACGUCACUUCCGUUCAACAAAUAGAAGUCGAAAUGUAA